AUGAGGUCGCACACCCCAUCUGGCGAUCCUCCUGGCAGGCGCAGCUCUGUAUCCAACCGACUGCGCGCCAGCGUUGGCGCGAGUGCACUUCCCAGACCGCACACUUCCCUCAGAGAGUCUAGGACUUUCCGCGCAACACAACCCACUUAUAAUCUCUUUACUGGCGGCGAUGCAAAUAGCAGACCCGGGUCUCGUGCAAGCUUGGCCCCCGAAUCCGUCCGCGCUACCUCCCACGAGAGCUCGAAAGAGAACAUGGCGCCCCCAGACGCCGCUGAGUACGAAUCCCAGCGGCAGGUGAUCGAGGAGCUUAAAGCCGAGCUGGGCACCCUCCGGUACACAAUUAGCACAUUCGAUCAAGAAAAGCAGAUGGCCGACGCCCGACACAAUGCCGAGCUCGAGGAUCAACGUCGCCGCGCCCAAGCCGAUUUCACUGCGAAACAAACAGCCGAGAGCGAAAAGUCGCAAGCCAUGCGACAAUUGGAAAAUACGCAAAAGGAGCUGGCUGACCUGCGGGAGAAUAUUGCGCAAGACAAGACGGCACUCGAGAAGCGCGCGCGUGACGCCGAAGAGGAAGCCCGUUUGCUACAGGAACAAUUGGAAGACUUGUCGAGCGCCAAGGACGAGGCGGCGCGCAUCAACGAGAAAAAGACGAUUGACCUGGAGAUGCAGUUGCAGGCUGCGCAAAAUUCGACGCAGGAGCUCGAGCAAGAGUCGCAGGCCCGCGAAGCCGCCCUUCAACAGGUACAGUCUCAGUUAGCGGAGAAAGACAACCAGGUGGGCAACCUCGAGGCGGAAGUACUGCGUCUUAAGGCCCAGACCGGAGAUGCCGAUACCAUGGCUAUCAUCAAGCACGAGUUGUCGGAGCAGGUGGCACAUAUCCGCAACCUGGAAGCGACCAACCGCGAGCAGCUCUCGGAGCUGAAGCACCUGCGCCAGAUUCACCGGGCCGUCGAGGUCGUCGAAGAGGAGAAGCGAUCCCUUCAGCGUAAGCUCGAAGCCGCCCAGUCGCUUGAGGCCGAGCUGGCGGAAGCGCACAUCCAGCGCCAACGUCUUGAAGACGAGCGCCUCGCCUGGACGGGCUAUCUUGCUAGCACGGGCACCAAGCUUGAGUUUGACUCACCUGAAGCCGUCGCCCGUGCUCUUAUCGAGCAGCGUUACGAGACCGCUUCCCAACUUGACAGGGUUGGCUCGCUGCAGGCCGAGCUGGCCGCACAAGAGUCCGCUCUGAAGUCGGUGCAGGAGGAGAACGCCAAGCUCAAGUCGCAGCUCACUGAGGCGCGGUCCGUCGCGACUAGCCAGAACGUCGACAAGACUCGACUCCGGACUGAGCGCCAGCGCGUGCUUGCGGUGAAAGAGGUCGAAUACCUCCGCGCCCAACUCAAGACGUUUGACGCGGAAGAUGAAGCCUUCCAGCCGGAGGCCGUCGAUGAGACUCGAGCCCGCCGCAUCCAGGAGCUCGAGGACCUGGUCGACAAAUACAGAUCAGAAGUGCAGGCCAUGCACGCCGAAAUGUCCUCCAUCGAAUCCGGCAAAACCGCCGAGCCCGCACCGGCCGUCGCCGGCACCAAACGCCCGCGCGACGAGAAUGACGAGGCCCUGCAGGAACAGCUCGGCCUCCUCAACCGCAAGAACCGGAAACUCCAGGACCAGCUCUCGGCGGUUCAGACGCAGCACGCUGUCACCCAGAAGGAGCUUUCCGUCGUACAGGAGCAGCUCAAGGCGCUGAAGGCGCAAUCUAAGACGCGCAUCCUGUCCCUACGCUCCAACCCGACAUCCGACUUUGAAGCCAUCAAGGUCUCCAAGCUCAAAGCCCUCGAGCAGGAGAACGCCGACCUCCUCGCACAGAUCGAGGGUAACCCCUCGGUGGACCUUGUCCCGCGCACGCAGCUCGACGCCGCAAACCGCCUGGUGGAGGAGGCCCGCGCCGAGACGGCAUCCGCCCAGAAGUCGGCCAAGCGACUCAAGGAGGUAUGGUCCAAAAAGUCGCUCGAAUUCAAGGAAGCCAUUUUUAGUACUCUUGGAUGGACCGUUAUGUUCAUGCCCAACGGCAAGAUGCGCGUAGAGUCGACAUUUUACCCGUCCCAGACGGACGAGUAUGAGAACUCGAUUGUCUUCGACGGCGAAAAGGGCACGAUGAAGGUCGGCGGCGGGCCCAAAAGCGCCUUUGCCCGGCGCAUCUCCGACCAGAUCGGCUUCUGGGUGCGCGAGAAGGGGUGCAUCCCCGGCUUCCUCGCUGCGCUGACGCUCGAGUUUUACGAAGAGUAUUCGCGGAAUCAGAUGCAGACCGAGUAA